GAAGAGUGAGGGUAUAUAAUUAAACUUCAAUCAAUAGAUAUGAAAUAAUAGGCAUCUCUGGAUGAGACUGAAGAACAAAAAUGGGAACUGAAAUCGGAGAUUCCUCCGGUGCCGGAACAAGCAACGAUGCCGGCACCAACACCUCCGUACGGCGGCGGUUCCCUCUGGCGGCUCAACCGGAGGUAAUGAGAGCGGCGCAGAAAGACGACCAGUACGCUUCUUACGUCUACGAAGCCUGCCGUGACGCCUUCCGCCACUUAUUUGGUACUAGGGCUGCUAUAUAUUAUCAGAGUGAGACAAAGCUUUUGGGCCAGAUGCUUUAUUAUAUUUUAACAACGGGGGCAGGACAGCAGACACUGGGAGAAGAAUACUGCGACAUCACACAGGUUGCAGGUUCAUAUGGACUUCCUCCAACGCCAGCAAGGCGUGCCCUUUUCAUUGUCUACCAGAGUGCAGUUCCCUACAUUGCUGAAAGAGUCAGCUCUAGAAUUGCUUCACGUGGUAUUGCCUUGACCGAGUCACUGUCUGAUGAUCUAGAAACUUCUAGAAGCAGUCAAGAUCAAUCAUCCGCUAUUCAAGCCUCUUCUCCUUCACCAGUAGUUUCGGUUUCACGUCUUUCAAGAUUGAAAGAGAAAGUUGACAGGCUUUGGUUGCACACAGUUCAGAGAUGGCCCGCAGUGCUUCCGUUAGCGCGUGAAUUUUUGCAGCUGGUUCUUCGUGCUAAUCUUAUGUUCUUCUAUUUUGAAGGUCUAUAUUAUCAUAUAUCAAAGCGUGCAGCAGGCAUUCGUUACGUUUUUAUUGGAAAGCCAAUGAAUCAAAGGCCUAGAUACCAAAUAUUAGGCAUGUUUCUAUUGGUUCAGUUAUGUAUUAUUGUGGCUGAAGGAUUGCGUCGUAGCAAUUUAGCAUCCAUCACAGCUUCGGUUCAGCAUACAUCCUUACAGGUUCACCAAGCAUCACGAGGCCGAGGUCUGCCUGUUUUAAACGAAGAAGGAAAUUUAAUCACGGGGGACACUGACAAAGGUUAUGGGAUAUCGGACUCUAUUACAACUUCAGAGUCUUCGUCAGUUGGUAUCAGCAAAUGUACACUUUGCCUUAGUAAUCGCCAAAAUCCAACCGCAACUCCUUGCGGUCAUGUGUUUUGCUGGAAUUGCAUUAUGGAAUGGUGUAAUGAAAAGCCCGAAUGUCCUUUAUGUCGUUCUCCUCUAACGCAUUCAACAUUAGUUUGUUUGUAUCAUUCAGAUUUUUAACACCCAAUUAUCCCACAAGAAAACGCAUGUUUUUAUGGCAAGUAAAGCUUUCGAUGAAGGUGUGACACGAACCAUAAUGAUCAUAUUCCAGCUUUUGAGCGUCACGUUGAUCUAUCCAUCUUGUAUUCUACAUGUUAUGUCGCAUGUAAACAUUAUUUCACUUGUAGAAGUAAUUCUAGUUUAGAAUAUUUUUUCACUGCCGAAACAAACGAUACGAAAAUGCAGAAGUCGUAUAGACAAAUAUGUUACAUUUACUUGGCAUCAACAAAUGUAAGGGUAACUCUAUUGAUGUAUUGGAUGUGGUGUUUAUUCUUCUAUA